AUGGCAUCCGAGCAUGACAAAUACCAUCCGAAGGAUGCCAUAAGGAAUACCAUCAAUGCCGCAAUGAUCACCGGGGUGGCUGGGUUCGGUGUCUCCGCGGUUCAGAAUACAUUGACGAAGAAGAAUUAUGGUGCUUGGGGCGUCUUUACCAGAAUGGGUGGCGCCAUGGCAAUCUUCACUGUUGCGGGGGGCGCCUUCGCAUUCAUAAAGGAUGGGGCAGCCAAUCUACGAGAGAAAGACGAUAGCUUGAACCCUGCUAUGGGCGGAUUUGUUGCAGGCGCUGUGCUCGGAUUGAAGACUGGUGCGACUCCUACGGUGUUGGGACUGGGAGCCCUUACGGCGGUACUUAUGGGCGCGUACGACUUCACCGGUGGAAGUCUGAGAGGGUUUAAGAAGGACAAGACCCUAGACGAGUUCGAGAGAAAAGAAUUCCUAAGGAAGAACCGCAGAAUCCCAAUCGAACAAACCAUAUCCGAGAUCGGGGAGGGAAGAGGAAUAGUUGCUCCCGGUUAUGAUGAGCGGAGAAAGGAGAGGAUUAAGGAGAAAUAUGGCAUCGAUGUCCCAGCAAAGUCGACUCAUUCGGCAUAA